AUGACUGGACGUGGAAAUCUGGGAAAUUCAUCAAGAGGAAGAGGUGGUUCAAGAGGUAGAGGCGCCAGCAAAGGUGGUUCAAGGGGAGGAAGAGGUGGGGCAAAGAAUGGUUCAAGUUCUGGUGGGAGACCAAACGGGGAUACAUCUAACGGCAAUGGUAAAGGUAAAGGUAAGGGUAAGGGGAAAGUUAGUAAAGGUAAAAAAUCAAAAGAAAAAGGUCCUAAUGCAAAUCUUAUUCCUCUUGGUACACCAAGAACAAGAAAACCAAAUGAUGACGAAGGGCAGAAUGGACCUAACCAAAACCAAUUAAAUGACCUAGAAGGACGUAUUUAUGAUGCUAAUGAAGAAGCAUAUGUGCCCCCUAGAUUGAGGCAAAAUCCACCAAAUACAGCAUACAGUAGUGCAAACAACUUUGGAACACUACCAAUGACCAACAAUAAUAAUUUAAACCAAGACACGGUUGGUAACAAUCAAAACAACACUGUUAAUAACAACAGUGAAUCUACUAACAAUUUUCAAGCAGGAAUGGCCCCAGCUGCUGCUGCUGCUGCCGCCGCUUCCCCUAGUGCUAUGGGAGCACCAGUGACAGCAGCACCAGUGGCAGAACCAGGACCAACGCAGGUUGAUGCACCAAUUAUUAUGAAUCCUGACCCUAAUUGGCCAGCACCAUUGACUAAAUUUUAUAUUGAUUCAAUGGCUAGAAUUGGUAAUUUGAAAAAAGCCAAACAACUUACUGGAAAACAACAGUUGGCCAAUAUAAUUGAUAUGGCAGUGAGACGAAAUGUAGUCGAUAGUAAUGAUUGGGCAAAUCAACGAGUCCCCAUUUGUAGUGGAGGAGGGAAGUUGGAAUUGGAAAUUUUCCGUAUUAAAAAGAAACCAAAGAAAUCAAAUUCUACUGAAGAUGAUACUAAUAAAAAAUCAAAAGAAAAACCACUGAAUACCAAUAAUAAUUCUUUUUAUAUUGACGUGAAUGGAGAUGCCCCUUAUGAUCCUACCAAAAAGCCUACCACAAGUAAAAUACUCAACAACAGCAGCAGCAGUAGUAACAACAACAACAACAAUAAGAAAACUAAGGGCGAUAAUAAAAAAUUCAAGGAAACAGGGAAUAAUUUUCAAAAGAAUGAAAAUAAGAAACGUCAAUUACAGGAAGAAUAUGAUUCUGAAGCACGUAAGAGAGCUCGAUCCGAAAGGUUUGCUCAAAUUAGUGAAUUUAAACCAAUAUCUACCUAUUAUGAAGAUCAACGACGCAAGGAUUCUGGUGCAGUAGUGGGGACAAGUGAACAAUUGGAAAAGAGUUACUUUCGUUUGACUUCUGCACCGAAUCCAGCUCAAGUUCGAUCACUCAAAGUUUUACAUGACAGUUUGAAAUAUGUUGUUCGCAAAUAUGAAGAGAGUCACAACUAUUCAUAUAUUAUUGAUCAAUUAAAAUCAAUUAGACAAGAUUUAACGGUGCAACAUAUAAAAGAUGAAUUCACUGUUCAUGUUUAUGAGAAAAAUGCUCGUAUAUCAAUAGAAAAUAAUGAUUUAGGUGAAUUCAAUCAAUGUCAAGCACAAUUAAAAUCGUUAUAUCAUCGUCUUCGAAUAAACAAAGAAAAGUAUAAACAUAGAUUUAUACUAUAUGAGGUUGAAAUGAUGACCUAUUCAUUCAUAUAUAUGAUUGUGACAAAGAAUCAAAGUGAAAUUAAUAAAUUCAGAUUACAAUAUUUGAAAUACAAACAUUUUAAAAAGCAUGAAUUUGAAAAACCAUAUUUCAAAUUAAUGAGUGCAUUAUUUAAAUCUUAUUUAUGUACUUUACAAGGAGAUUUUGAAGUGUUUUUUAAAGAACUUGAACAAUUUGCCCACAUUAAAGAAACUAAAAUAUCAUUUAAAUUUAUAAAUGAUCAUUUAUUAGGUAAAGUUAGAUUGGAAUCACUUUAUCAAAUUGCCUAUAGUUAUCGUCGUUUCCUUGUGGUUACAGCGUCAGAAAAAUUAAGAUUUCCUGAUCCUCAAUCAUGUCUUAUUUAUUUGGGAGAGCUCGGAUUAGAAAAAUGUUUGAUGAAAGGAAAUCAUGAAUUUGAUAUUCCGAAGACACAAGUAGCAUUGAAAGAAUUGAUAGCCAAAAACCACAGGGUAGACAUCAAGGGCCAAAUAUAA